GUCAUAGGGUGAAUAUGUUUCGUGAUCGAGGGACCAAAUUGAGAAUACGACCGAAAUUGUGCACUCCUACAGUUAGUGGCAAGACUGUGGUGUUAGGAUGUGACAUGUGCGAAUCUGGAUAUGAAACGGAAAGAACAUUAACCGUGUGUAGGUGUGGAUAUUCGUGGAAGAAGAGAAUAUACGUGAGUGAGGGUGGUCGUGAAGACGAGGACAGUGAGGGUGUGGGCGAGGCGCCGCCCACCUGCCACCCUGCCACCGACCCACCGCCCCCGCCGCCCUUCAGCCCACCGCCUCCCCGCCCGCAAGCCAUGGAGGGCCGCCCCGCCGCUGCCACCAAGCUGGGUCGCAUGUCCCCCUCGGUGUACGUGGGUGGUGGCACUCUGGGGCGAGUCAGCCCCGGUCACGACCUAGGAUACCACACCCUCGUCACCAGACAGACGCCCACGCCUACCAGAGACCGCACUACGCCCACCAGAGACCGCACCACGCCCACCAGAGACCGCACCACGCCCACCAGAGACCGCACCACGCCCUCACCGUGGUCAGACGUGCGAGCCUCUCCAUUUCCUGCUCUGGAUCUGUCAGCUUUGUCGUCGUGUCCGCGGUCGUCUCCGCGACCGCAGCUUCCCCAGGUGCCACCGCAGCAGCAGCAGACGACGCCGCAGCAGCAGCAACAGCUGGAGAGCACAGACCAACUCUUGGCAACGUACAAAGGGAAGAGGGUAGCGCGGUCGUCCCCUUUCGAUAAGUUGAGCGAUGAACUAGUGGUUCGAAUCCUGUCGUUCCUACCAACAAAUGCAGUGUGUCAGUGUGCACGAGUGUGCCGGCGGUGGUACGUGCUGGCCUGGGACCCCAGAUUGUGGUCUACCAUCACCUUGGCCAGCGAGGCCAUCCAUGCAGACAGGGCCAUCAAGCAGAUCACACGACUCUUGGCCAGAGACUCUGGCGGCUGUGUCCACGUGGAGAAGGUGAUGUUGAAGAAUUCUUCAACACUUCUGAAUACUGGUAUAGCCUACCUAGAAGGUUGGGAUUGUCUUGAGUUGCGCCAUCUGGAAAUAAAGGCUGGCAUCAACUUAACCAACAUAGGCAUCGUCGAGCUGUUACCAGUCUGUCACAACCACUCACUGAUAACACCUUCAACAGGCUGUCAUCAAAUUACUUGUAUCCACCUGACGCAGCAGGGGACAGUGGAGCCAGAACCAAUGCAUUCCCGCCAGCUUUAUCUCCAGUACCUCGAUAUGACAGAUUGUUACGCCCUUGAGGACCAGGGACUCAAGGUGAUCGUGAAGAACUGUCCGCAGCUCCUUCACCUCUACCUCAGGAGAUGUAUUAAUAUUACAGAUACGGGAGUUAAGCACAUGGCUAGCUACUGCCUCAUGCUGCGGGAAGUGAGUGUGUCUGACUGUGUCCAGAUCACAGACUUCGGCAUGUAUGAGCUAGCUAAAUUAGGGCCCAACCUGCGUUACCUAAGUGUAGCCAAGUGUGACCAGAUCAGUGAUGCUGGUAUCAAGCAGAUUGCUCGCCAUUGCUACAAGCUCCGUUACCUGAAUGUCCGUGGCUGUGAGGCAGUCAGUGAUGAUUCCAUGGAAAUGGUGGCCAGAUCAUGCCCAAGAUUACGUGCCCUUGACAUUGGCAAGUGUGAUGUCACUGACAAUGGCAUGAAGCUCAUUUCAGAGCAUUGCCCAAACUUGAAGAAGUUAUCAGUGAAAUCGUGUGAUAUGAUUACAGACCGUGGUGUUCAGUAUAUUGCGUAUUACUGCCGUGGCCUCCAGCAGCUCAAUAUUCAGGACUGCCAAGUGACAAUUGAGGGCUACAGGACAGUUAAGAAAUACUGCCGGCGUUGUAUCAUAGAGCACACUAACCCAGGUUUCUUUUAAUGAAACUGGAAUGUGCUUGCACCUCGCCUAAGUGUUGUGCCAGUGACUUAGAGAAAAUCAUACCAGUGCCAAAUAAUGUGAGCCCCUAUAACUUCGGUGCCACCAAGGACAAGACCUAGGUUCUGUCAUAAAUGACCCAACGUUAAUAGUUAUGUAGACCUGGGCAAAACAUGUGUCUACUCACCUGUGCCAAGUUUGCAGUGCCAAAAUGGUGAGCUGAUUCCCAUGUGCAGCAUGCAUCAAAUAACUCACUCCUCCGUGUACCAAAGUAAUGCUACCGUCGCCCUGUAUACAGUGCCAGAUGCUGCUUUGUAGCAUGCACAGUUGUAGUGCAUCUGCACUGUGUGCAUACUCAUCUGUGUAUGUGUCUCUGUGUGGUGUGUACCUUUGCUGUACACACUGUCAUCACAUGCACUAUCUUAUUGAGCAUAUUUGCUAUGUACCUUCAUCAUGUUCAUUUUCAUUUCUCAUCUUCAUCGUAUUCAUCUUCAUAAAGUACCAUUGAUAUAUUCCUCAUUAAGUACCAAUGAUAUACACUCUGUACAGAAUCUCAGUGGCAGUUAUGUUGUGUAGCUCCAUAAUGCACACCCUCACCAUGUAACUUCAUCUCAUCAACUUUUCCUUGUGUAAUACCAGUUCCAUUUCAAUAAAUUGCUUCAUCUGUCAUGAAUUAUCUAGAUCACUGUCAAUAGUAAUUGAAAAUAUUCAACAAAAUGUAUUAAGCAAUAUUUUACAAUACGUUUUUAACAAAAUAAUAAUUUAAAGAGUAUAUAUGCUGGUAUUAAAAGAAAAAUUGUUACAUGCCUUUUUGUACUUGUAAAUUUACAAGGGAGCCCUACAAGUGGACUGCCUAAUACAGUAUUUUAAUGGCAUAUUGAUUAUUUGAUUCCAUCAUGGAAGUUCUAUCUGUUUUCUGCAUCUCAAAAAUUAUGUGCAGUGUUAGUGUUUGUUGAGCAAUCCUUUUAUUCUAGCCCAGUGUAUAUUAUUUCUUUACAUAUAACAGCAGUAUAUUUUGUGGCUGGAUGUUAUCAAUGUUAAUAGUGCAGUUUUUUAGCAUUCAUUACUGGGAGACCUCUCAAAACAAUUUUUGGAAGCAAUGAAGAGGAAGGUUCUCCCUGGUAUUGUUACUCAAAAUGUUGCCCAAGUAAAAUAAUAUAUAUUUUUCAUGGAGGGGAGAGUCAGGUUUUAGUUUAUAAAGUACCAGUAAAACUUAGAAAAUACAAUGUAUUAAAAUAUUGUAUAGUAUAAUGUGCCUUUACGAACAGCUGAAACUGUAUAGAACUUUUAAUCACUCAUUACUGGAUCUUCUUUCUAUCAGUGCACCAGCCAUAUCCCACCGAGGCGGGGUGGCCCAAAAGAAAAAAAACGAAAGUUUCUCCUUUUACAUUUAGUAAUAUAUACAGGAGAAGGGGUUACUAAUCCCUUGCUCCUGGCAUUUUAGUUGCCUUUUACGACAUGCAUGACUUACAGAGGAAGAAUUCUGUUCCACUUCCCCAUGGAGAUAAGUGGAAAUAAUCAAGAACAAGAACUAGUAAGAAAAAUAGAAGAAAACCCAGAAGGGUGUGUACUCACCUAUUUGUGGUUGCAGGGGUCGAGUCUUAGCUCCUGGCCCCGCCUCUUCACCAGUUGCUACUGGGCCCUCUCUCUCCCCGCUCCAUGAGCUUUAUCAAACCUCGUCUUAAAACUGUGUAUGGUUCCUGCCUCCACUACGUCAUUUUCUAGGCUAUUCCACUGCCUUACAACUCUAUGACUGAAGAAAUACUUCCUAAUAUCUGUGUGUGUGUGUGUGUACUCACCUAUUUGUACUCACCUAUUUGUGGUUGCAGGGGUCGAGUCCUAGCUCCUGGCCCCGCCUCUUCACCGGUUGCUACUAGGCCCUCUCUCUCCCCGCUCCAUGAGCUUUAUCAAACCUCGUGUGUGUGUGUGUGUGUGUGUGUGU